UUAAUUAAAAGCAAGUUGGCAUUCCCGUCGCAAUUAGAGUGACCGAAAGAAAUAUAUCAAAAUAUCAAAAAUCGCAAUCGAGAAGUAUUUUCAAACACCAAGAUCUUGAGAAAACAAGUGUUUUGAUAAAAAAUGCGCACUUAAUUUCCCGCGCGGCUCCAGAAUGACAGAUGUUUGUGUCCUUUGUGUGGAAGGGUUGCCGGCGGUCCCCCUGAAGCCAGAUGAGAUAUACAGGAUCGGGAAACAAGCGGGUCUGGAGAUUUGCAUUGCCGACGACUCGAUGGAGCUGGCCCAUGGCGUCGUCAGCCUCCUGCGAAGCGGUAUCGUUCGCUUAGCCGCCGUGGCGGGCAGGAUAUUUGUGAACGAGGAGGAGAAGCAGAUAUCGGAUAUAGGAAAGAAGGACGCCAGCAAUGGGAAGGUGAGGCUUCGAUUCGGCAAUGUGGAGGCCAGUCUGCGGUUCAAUGAGGCCAAUGAAGAGGCCCAGGACAGCAGUGGCUUCGGCGAAUGCCUAAAGGACAGGUCCAUUCAGGACACGACUGAUGACAGCCUAUGCAUACCUGAAACGCAGCCUCCGUCCGAAAAUGUUAGUGUUAAUACCACGGCGGACAGCUUCUUUAUACCCGAGACCCAGGCGAUUGUUUUCGAAAACCCCACGGGGAAGCGUGGAAAAGUAUCGCUGGGCGAUGACUUCAUGAUUCCCGAAACGGAGAAUCCCCCAGAUCCUGCAGACCUGCCCCAGGAGCCGACGAUGCGCGGCAGUAAUGAUUCCGAGUCAUCCAGCAUGGGCUCCCAGAUACGUAUUUGCACACAGGAUUUUAAUGAGUUCAAUGAGGAUGCCAUAGACGACUUUGAUUCGUCGCUGAUGCUAGGCGAUGCGCUGAUGGCUUUGGGACCGCCAAAGGCAAAGAAAGAAUCGACAGAGAAACUUGACAAAAAACAAGAAAACCAGCUGGAUGCCACUGACCUUGAGAUGAGUGCCUUAAAUUGGUCAUCCACAAAUUCAAAGUGCAAUGUUUUCAACAGCACCAAGGCCGAUGAAGAACAUCGAGCGUCCACCUGCAUAACACCUGAUUUGAGCGCUCCUCUCGCCGACGCCAAUCGUGACAUCAGCACGCCUGAAAUCUUAGAGUUGAUGGAAGCUCAUGAGGAGGAGAAUGUAGUACAGCGAUCGGGUUCCACCACACCGCAGCUUUGCGGGAUUAAGCAGCUGGUUGUGGCCACCAUUGAGACCCCGAGAACAACACAAAAUGAAGAGGACGAAGACGACACUGCUUUGGUUAAAGAUACAGACAUAAAUCAAGACUUCGUGGCCACUCAGGCAUUUCCUUCGCGAUUUCUACAACAAAAGGAAUCCCCUGAGCGACCCAAUCAAGACUUUAUCGCCACUCAGGUAUUUCCUAGCAACGGCAAUAUCUCUGAAGUUAGGCAAAAUGCUGAAAUUGAUCAAGAUUUCGUCGCCACUCAGGCAUUUCCAUCACGACUUCCUCAGACAAAAGAAUCUCCAGAUAAACCCUAUCAAGACUUUGUGGCUACUCAGGCAUUUCCCUCAAGACUACCUCACUCUAAAGAAUCUUCAGGGAAAGUUAAUCAAGACUUCGUAGCCACUCAGGCAUUUCCAUCAAGACUCCUCAGUCAAGAGAAUCUCCUGAGAAAGUUUCAAGACUUCGUGGCCACUCAGGCAUUUCCAUCGCGGCUUCCCCAGCCCAAGGAAUCCGCUUUGAGACCCAAUCAAGACUUUGUUGCCACUCAGGUAUUUCCAAGCAAGCGCCACACCCCUGCUCGAGCUGGGCAAGACUUUGUAGAGACACAACCAUUUAAUUUCAACAAGGAAAACGUUCCGCAGGUUACAGAUUCAUGGAGUGAUGAGAUCGAAGAAAUACUGAAUGAAAUGACUUCCGGCAAUGUAGUUUCAUCACCGCUAUCAUCGCCCAGUGAAGAAGUUUUGCAGUACGUCAAGCCAAAUGUAAUCAAGGACAAGGAUCAUAACCGAAAGGUUUUUCUUUUCGAAAACGUUUUCCCCAACGUGGACAACGAAAAUCGCUGGAAGAAUGAGCUACUAGUUGAAGAAAAAAUAGGUCUAAAACGCACUGCCAGUACUGAUGGUCAGUCGCCUUUUGUGACACCCAGCAAGAGAAACCGACGUUUAUCAGACCAACCGGAGAGAUUAAAUGAUUGUUCCACCUUAAGCUGCUCUAGAAAACGUCCAGUUAACUUGCAGGAAAGCGAUAAGUCUGAACCUCCCAUUAAAAGCAUGUGCAAGGUAACCUCCUUUUUAGAAAAGGCGGAACUGAGUACAGAGGAUGAAGCUGCUGCUCCCAAAGUGGCCGUCACUAAGCGGCCGACUCGCAGAGGUAAAACUAAGAGCCGGUCCCCUACUUCAACUGUAAACACCAACCAGGGCGACAAGUCUGAACCUCCCAUUAAAAGCAUGUGCAAGGUAACCUCCUUUUCAGAAAAUGCGGAACUGAGUACAGAGGAUGAAGCUGCUGCUCCCAAAGUGGCCGUCACUAAGCGGCCUACUCGCAGAGGUAAAACUAAGAGCCGGUCCCCUACUCCAACUGUAAACACCAACCAGGGUAAAAAAUCACCAGGACUAGGAAUAAACAGGCUAAAAGUCAGGAGGACACCUAAGGAAAGUCCACCAAGAGCGAUUAGGACAAGGCGACAAACUAAGUGCUUAGACCCCGAAGAAGUCAGUACAAAGCCGCCGGAGGAGAUUAUGACAAAGCAAAAGGAGGCCAUGUCAGAGCCAACUAAAGAAGAGGUCGGUAAUAAAAGAGGGGCUAAGAAAUUAGUGGAAAGUGCCAAAAAGAACCCUGAGGAAGCUAAAGUAGAAGCUAAAGAAGAAGCUGAACAGUCUGCUUCCAAACGUGGCAGAAAGAAAACUAUUGGUAGUGCUAAAAAGGACUCGAAAGAACCUAAGAACUUGACAAAGCGCAGACCAGGCAGGCCGCGCAAUAAUUCAUCAUGUGAAGAUUCAAUUUCAAAAACUUCCAUGUCUGAAACAAUUACUCCUGCCAACGAAGAUAAAAAUGUAUUAGAGGAUUCAUUAAAGAAAAAGCUCGUGGUGCGUUUAAAAAGAGCAAUAUCUUUGGAAACUCCAUCAACCAGCACCACCUCUACGACAGCCCCAACUGAAGGUAAUGCAGUCGAAGGGAAAGCUUCAAAGAACACAACCAGUGCACCCAAAACUCGACUAAGUCAAGAAAAUCAUCAGGACCCACUUAAAGCCUUCAAUAAAUAUGUGAGGCAGGCCAAGUUGAAUGGAAAAUUAAAGAUCGCAUUCACCGUGUGUGAUCGUCAGGCUUUGAAUUCCGUCAUAAGGUCCCUUAAAUAUGUGGUCGAUGUCACGGAGGAUCCUCUACAGUGUGACGUUCUUAUUAUGGACAAGGGCGAGCGCACCUUCAAGUUCCUCGCGGCAAUUGCCUUAAACAAGCCCGUUUUCAACUCCAAAUGGCUGGAAUCUAUAAAAUCAACUAAAACCAUCACCGUAAAGGACGAACAUCUGUUUAAUGAUUCUAAUUUCAAAAAGGGGUUCAAGUUUGAUCCCUUAAGCGUAAUGCAGCAUCCUCGCUUGUUUAAUGGUUUCAACUUUCUGCUGUGCGAGGGCAUCCAACCGAAUGUUAAUGAUAUGAAGGUCAUCAUUCAAAGUGCAGGUGGCACAGUUCACGGCAAGCCGCCUCCUUUAGCCAGCAGCAAGGAUCUGUAUGUCGUGACCACUAGCAAGGACAAUCAUUCUAAGCAGCGCCUAAGGAAUUACGAAAACGUACACUAUAUUAAGACCGAAGGAGUUAUGGCUUCGCUUGUCCAACACAAAGUGGAUCUCCUGGACGAACACAAGGUUAAGCUUUAAACCUGUGCCAGCUGCGGUCGGUGCUAGUACAUAAAAGUCAGAAUUGUAAUUGUUUCGUUUAUACUGUAUGUAUGCGGCAGAGGUUCGGUAGAGAUUUUUUGCGACCCGCGAUACAGGGCCUUUCCGACCACUGCUGUUAGCUGACCGUAAUUGUAACUAUUUUGUUUUUUUGUUUGGCUUUUGUAUUCAAAUAUUUGUUGUUAGUUAUCCUGUCAAAUACAUCAUACUUUAUUUCCUUAUUGUACUAUAACAUCUA